AUGAAUCUUUGACGCUCUAAACAAUCAGCAAGUUUUGUGUGUAGAAACCGUCCCUUUGGCAGCAAAAGGCGAGUUAACGACUUAUUACUACAUAACAUCAGCUGUUAUACAGAGGUAUUAAUAUGAGGAAUAUUGUCAAACUAGUUUUCUUGGUGUAUAUUUUGACCGUCUAUUACUGUGAAGCGGUAUGCCAUUUCAAGAAAGUUCAAGCUGGUAAAGGGUUAGGAUGUUUAACAGGAAAUCAGCAUAUUGCACGUGGAGCCGCCAAGCGUGUUGAUUGUGAGCUUUGUAGAUGUAUAAUGCCCGCUGUCGUACAGUGUUGUCCAAUGGGUAUGAAAAUAACAUCCCACCCAGACGAUUGUAAAGUAGUAAAACGGGGAUGUAAAGAAGUAGUUGUCAAGAUUUCUGACGAGUCAAUACCCUGUACAGAGGGUGUAGCUGGAGUCCCAGGAUAUUAGCGAAGCAACAAACACACAUACAAUAAUACACAGUUAUGA